AAUUCGAUGGGAAAGUCUCCUCGGUGUUCGUUGUCUUCGCCCCUCGCCAUACUUGUGUUGAGUUCUCACGCCCUCUCAGCGCUUUCUCAUUUGCGUUUCUUAGCUCUUGUAUUUGAAUCAUGUCAGGACGAGGGAAGAGCUCUGGGAAGAAGACCGUGUCUCGGUCGAGCAAGGCGGGACUUCAGUUUCCUGUUGGAAGGAUUGCGCGUUUCUUGAAGGCUGGGAAGUACGCCACGCGUGUGGGAGCCGGCGCUCCUGUGUAUCUUGCUGCUGUUCUUGAGUACCUCGCUGCUGAGGUCCUCGAGUUGGCUGGGAACGCUUCUCGGGAUAAUAAGAAGACUAGGAUUGUGCCGCGUCACAUCCAGCUCGCAGUAAGGAACGAUGAAGAGCUCAGCAGACUUCUUGGACAAGUCACUAUAGCAAACGGAGGAGUGCUGCCUAACAUUCACACUGUUCUUCUUCCGAAGAAGACCGGUGUGACCGCAGGAAAGCCCGGCAAGGCGGGCUCACCAGAGUAGGAUCGAGCUUCUUCAACGAUCGUAUACCUAGUUCUAAUGGUCACUACCUAUCAGCGCAAUCCCUGAUCCUAAUAGCAGAGUGGAUUGUCGACAGCCAGUUUCGCGGAUUCCACCCGGGGUCUUUGGUGGCAGAGCCUAUGGCACGUAACUUUUAAAUAAAGAUCGGGACGAGGCCAAAUUAGACACCUAACUGUUCGUGGAACUCUAAGGUGGCCCACCUUGGGUACACGCCUUGUCUUACCGAGGCGCAUUAGCUUCUUGAUCAAAGGUGAAGCUGGAAUUGUUCUGCCAAUACGUCAUCUGAGGCGCUGCAGAUAUUGUCUGUUUCUAAAUCAGAGAAUUUCCAUUGCAAGAUGCCUCUACUGGUGUUGUGAAGUCCUACACCAACUCAGUUUCUUCGUUUUAAAACCCUACUGGAUCUGUGGAUCAUUCCUUCAGUGGAACAAUCCCGCUUGGAAAUGGAAACAAUGUAGUAACCGUAGUUCACGGACUAAUUCCACAGGCGCAACGGAUGAUUUCUGCUCAAUGUUCAGCCUGUGAAUUUAAUCCAGCUAAGUUUUUGUAACCAUCACCAAUAUUACUGUUCUGGCAAUUAUAUAUCCUAAUUGAAUGAUUCAACCCAUUACACAUA